AUGGAAAUUCACGUUUGGGGAGCCGAAAAGGACAUCGCGAUUUUUCAUGCGGAAUCGUUAGCUAUUGCCUGGUAUCAAGUCGUUUUCUACGCUCAUCGGUCGGACCUGUCCAUAGUAACGAGUUCCAACACGUUCAUUUCACCCUCUGGAAGUUUACCUUUUUUGAAAGAUGGCGAAACAUACGUAAACGGGUUUGAAAAUAUUGUGCAGUACCUGCAGAAAAAAAUUCCAAGCAAAGUGACUGCGGCCGCCAAUUACGAGAGUGAACUGGUGGAGAGUGGUCUCAUGCAGUACAUCGAAAAUAAGCUGUCCGUCAUUACAAAAUACACAUAUCUCGUCAACCGAGAAAACUACGAGCGCUUCACUAGAUCCAAAUUUAAAGACUAUCUGCCUUUUCCUAUGCAGUAUGCGCCGCCCCUGGAUCUCAGAAAAGAGGCCGUCGAGGCUGCUAACUCAGUGGGGUUGACCGAGGGUACUAGACAAGCCUCUGAUGACGACGAGGAGAUUAAGGCACUGAAAGAUCAACUCAAGGCAAUACCGACACUCAGCAAUGUUUACAAGACUCAGAUUGACCAGAAGGUAUCGGAAAUUUUGACUAAGAAAGGGGCUGUGGCCAACAUGCAAUGUAUCUAUCUUGCAGAGACCUACCUGUCUCAGAUUACCAAGGUCAUUGAUCUGGAAUCCGAUAAGGCACCAACAGCAUCGGAGAUCUUGUUCAUGGCACACAUAUUCAGCCAGACCUACUCAGAGCUACCAGAUUGCUUCAUGAGAACGUACAUCUCCGACUCACAUCCAGAGCUGUUUGCCAAGGUUCAGCUACUGGCAAAGUCUAUGGAGUUCAAGAUCAAGCGUUCCGACUUGGUGAGAUCUCCCCGGAGCAGCGAAUAUCCAGGCUUGGUAAAUGCAAUCUUAAACUAUGGAAAUACGCUGAUAUGA